AUGAUUACGAUUAAUUCGGCGCUCGGUUUAGGUAAUGCUCUUGUUAAAAAGGUACUCGAUGGUGGUGUCAACCAUAUGGUUAUCGCAACGUACCGGCUCGCUAUUUCCACCAUAUUUUUGGCACCAAUCGCAUUUUUCUGGGAACGGACAACAAGACCGAGACUUACGCUCAACAUCUUGGUUCAGCUUUUCUUCAGUGCUCUUGUUGGGGCAAGUUUGACCCAGUAUUUCUUCUUACUGGGGCUAUCGUACACAUCGGCUACGUUAGCAUGUGCUUUUAUUAGCAUGUCACCAGCGGUUACAUUCGUUAUGUCUCUAAUAUUCAGGGUAGAGAAGCUAAACAUGAAAAGCAAAGCAGGUAUAGGGAUGGUGCUAGGCACUUUGAUAUGCAUCGGAGGAGCUUUAUUACUAACAAUGUACAACGGUGUUCCCUUGACAAAAGUUCACAAACCAGAAACUCAUCUAUUGACGAACAAUAAACCCGCAAUGAAACCCGAGAACUGGAUCAUCGGGUGCGUGCUUCUCUUUGCGGGUAGUUGCUGUUUCGGGUCGUGGAUGCUAAUACAAUCCAAGGUGAACGACAGAUACCCUUGUCAAUACUCAAGUACCGUCAUACUAUCUUUCUUCGGCACCAUCCAGUGCGCCCUUUUAAGCCUCAUCAAGUCCAGAGAUAUCAAGGCUUGGAUCCUCACAGAUAAACUCGAUAUCAUGACCAUUGUUUAUGCAGGAGCGGUUGCACAAGGAAUAUGUACGGUGGGAACAUCUUGGUGCAUCAGAAAGAGAGGACCUAUCUUUACUUCUGUUUUCACUCCCGUCAGGCAAAUGAAGGAAGAGUGUGCAAAGAAGUUACCUUCUCAUUUUGGUGAAGAAGAAAGGGAAGCUGAUGAACAAUACAAAAAGGGUCAUCUUAUGGUUGUUCCAAUGACGCCUUGA